AAACGCCUGCUCUCUACUGCACUGACCCAAUAUCUCCUACAGACAGACACACACAGGGAGAGAGAUUUGAGUUUGUGAGAUAUUGAUAAUAUAUUGGGACAGCAAUUAGGGAUGGGGAGGUACUUGAAUAUUCAAACCGAGCUUAGUCUAGUAUUGGAUCAACUGUUGUAUGAUUUUUUAAAUUCUUUAAAAAAACGUUUGAAUGAAGUUGUAUACACUUUUAAUUCAGCUAGUGCUGAUUCUUAUGUUGCGUUUUAAAUGAAAAUGCAAUUUAUCCUAAUUUUAUAGCGCAUUUUAAGCUAGCCCUCCAGUCAGGCCUGACAUAGAAGAAGGCCUGUAUGCUCCCCACUUCAAAUAGCGAUUAUAGGCGCGCAAAUAUUCGUCCCCAGGCUAAAUGCGCAUUAUUGGAGUAGAUUGCUGAAGUGAAUUUACUAAAGCACAAUUUAGGCGGAAGAAUAGUCUGCUGGUGAACGAGAUAAGCGGGAGCCUGACAGAGCUGCCAAUAUAAUUUGACAGACCAUUGAGAUCCAUGCAAAACACUCGCCAGAUACAUGUUAUUCAGCCACUGAUGACAGAAAUGUAACGCCGUGACGUAGCAGACACUCAGAGGUUAUUUCGUUUUCAAAUUAUUGAGCUGGGCUGUAUCAAAUAUGAGGCAAAUUCUAUCACGGGGAACGUCACUUUCUUUAUUUGUUUAUUUAUUUAUUUUUGCCAACAUCAAACUUAUAAUCUUUCACAAAAUCGCCUCUAUGACAUACUUCUUUAUUACGACGUGGAAACUCGAUUUCAGAACCUUGGACAAUUCUGAUGGUCACAACCAUAACAGCCUUGAACUCAAAGCACUGGACAACCCGUCUUUACCUUUCAAUUAACAAAGAAAAUAUACAAAAUAUCUUUAUAACUUUUUCACAUAUCAACUUGAAAUCAGUGAGUAAUAUUUUUGUUUCGCUUUGGAAUGUUAUAUUGCUCUUGUUUAUAAACACAGAGCACUAAUGUCUAUGCUUAAUACUGUGAUUUAGAAUCUGUCCCAAAUGGAACCCUGUUUCCUAUAUAAAGCACUGCUUUUGAUCAGACCCCUUUGGGCCAUGGUCAAAAGCAGUGCACUUUAUAGGGAAUAGGUUGCCAUUUCAGAGACAGCCAGAGCUGAGCUAGCUAGGCCAACUGAACUGAUGCCAUGCAUUUCAUUUUGCUAAUAUUGAAGCAUUUUGUUUUCCACAGGCACCAUUGACCAUGGGAACCGCAAUGUCUAUCUCGCUCCGCAAGAAGGCAGUCCUCUUCAAAGAUGGGCCGGACACUGUGGGCCACUUGAUAGAAGUCCAGACCGGUAAGAGCGCAAAAGACAAGACUCUGAAGCGCUACUCACCAUGGAGGCGGAGUGUGAAGAAGAAGAGCUCCAAGAAGGUGCAGGCCCACGAGAACACCAACCAAAACAACAUUGCCCAUCUGAGUAAUGAGAACCUGGAGAAGUCUCAGUCCUUCUCCAACCCGUCCACCCUCACCCUGGAGAAGUCUCAGUCCUGUGACAAGCUGUCCACCCAGGACCUGAGCACUCCAGCCAUCUCCAACAGCUCCAACAACGCCGCCUCGUUGGUCGAGAUGGCCCCCUUAUCCAACUCAAACACGGCCCCCGACACGCCCCAGAGGGUGACCGUCCAGGACCUCGACACUCCCAGGAGGCUGGUGAUGGUCCACGCUACAACCGGCGAGCUGCUGCGCUGCCUGGGUGAGUUCCUGUGCCGGCGCUGCUACCGGCUCCAGGACAUGUCUUCCAUGGACCCGGUGCUGUGGCUGCGGGUGGUGGACCGUUAUCUGCUGGACAACUGCUAUCAGAACCAGAGCUGCAUCAAUCCGGCCGCUGUGGUCUUCCUCUACAUGCUGUGCCGCGAGGCAGUUUCCUCCGAGGUGGCCACCUUGCACGAGCUGCAUGCCGUGCUGCUCACCUGCCUCUAUACAACCUGCUCCUACAUGGGCAACGAGAUCGCCUACCCCCUGAAACCCUUCCUGGUGGACACCUGCAGGCAGACCUUCUGGAUCCGCUGCAUGACCAUCACCAAUCUGAUGAGUGUCAAGAUGCUCCAGAUGAACACAGACCCUAACUUCUUCUCCCAGGUCUUUGCUGACCUGAAGAACGAGAGCCAGAAGGAGGAGAAGAAGAGCCGCCUGCUCAGCGGUGUGUACAGCACUCAGUGAGGGACCUUGGGU